AUGGCAAUACUAGUUAGUGGUCUGAGUAUCGGCGGCCAUGAACCCUGGGUCGGCCUUCCUUUGACCCGUGCUGCUCAGGCUGCCGGUCACAAGGUUAUUGCGACUUCGCGCAACCCAUCGCGCACUCCUGACCUCGUGGCCGAGAUCGAGUCCAAGGAAGGCAAAUGGGUCCAGCUUGAUGUGGACAGUCGCGGCUGCGGCAACGUCACCACUGAUCUUGAAAGCAGUAGCGAGCACAUUGACGUCAUGGUCAACAACGCUGGCUAUUCCAAUUACCCCCUCCCCCUCCCCAAUUGA